AUGAGACUCCUGUUGGUUGCCUUCAUUGCGAUAGCCACGCUUGCUUCGGCUUCGGCUCAGUUUGGUUUUGGAGGAGGUUUUGGUGGCGGCUCACAGCAGCAACAGCAGCAGCAACAAGAAGGAUUCGGAGGCUUUGGCGGUUUUGGUGGUGGAGAACAACAGCAGCAACAACAGCAACAGGAAAGCUUUGGCGGCUUUGGUGGUGGAGAACAGCAGCAGCAACAGCAGCAGGAAAGCUCCGGAGGCUUUGGCGGCUUUGGUGGCGGAGCACAGCAGCAACAACAGCAGCAGCAGGAAAGCUUUGGAGGAUUUGGGGGCUUCUGA